UCAACAAUGGAGGUGAAAAGCUGUCGUGUUUGUGUUCAAGGUUAACUACCUAUCCUUCCUCUUCCCUCGACCCUUCUCAUUCCUCACUGCUGACCCCUCCAAAAAGUUGCCACAGCACCAAUAUAGAAGAUUUAAAUAUUUUAAUGCUGUCUGUGAUUUAUGUGCUAUGAUAAAGGCGAUAUUACUUAGAACAAAUGAUAUAAAAGUGAGAGUGGAAGAGAGAAGAAUUCCUCGUAUCGUCUUGCUUUACCUGUAACUGUUUACGUCGCAUUAAUGUGUUAAUUUGUGAAUAAACUGGUAACUAUGUGUGUUGUGAGAUGUGCAUUUGGGGCUGAUGCGAAAUCAUGUUUAGUUAGUCCCCUGCUUCACGUUAGGGCAUGAGGACUAAAGAGACAAGGGGCUGGGGCCUCUGAAACAUUUUCACUGCAACUGGCCUUUUGUGUUAUGCUUCGAGACUGGUUGAUGGAUGUUACGCUCGCUGGCAAAUAUCAAGAACCCUGAACGUUGUAGGAUUAGUGUGUGAUAUUUUGUGAGCACACCUUCGCCUUGUCUGGGUAUAACCUGCAGGAUGAAGGAAGCAGAGCGAUCUCCCUCGCCUGGCAUCGGUAGUGGUCGCGCAGGACCCCGUGGGUCAGUGGCAUCACUGAGCUCCUUAGGAGGUAGUGUUCACGAUGAACUCUUCCGAUCACCAAGGCAUGCAGAGGCUGCCUUGCGCCGCAUGGAAGCAUAUUACAACAGAGGCCAGUUGUGUGAUGUUACGCUUGUGGCAGGCAAUCGCCGCAUUAGAGCUCAUCGUCUUGUGCUGAGUGCGGCUAGUGACUACUUUGCAGCUAUGUUCACAUCCCCAGUCCUUGAGGCUACACAGGAAGAAGUGGUCAUGAGGGACAUGGACUCUGAUGCUUUACACAUACUUGUGAAUUACUGCUACACAGGCACACUUGAACUUAAUGAAGACAACGUGGAAGUUGUAAUGUCAACUGCCCACCAUUUGCUUUUGACGGAGGUGGUAGAUGUUUGCUGUGACUACCUUACAAAGCAGCUCCAUCCAGCAAAUUGCUUAGGAAUUCAGCUAUUUGCUGAUUCACAAGGUUGCUCAGAGCUCCAUCGUGUAGCUUCAACUUUCACCGCUGAACAUUUUCAAGAGGUUGUGCAACACCAAGAAUUUGUCCAAUUACCAACAGAAGAAGCUGCAAGACUCUUGGCCUCAGAUGAUCUUGAUGUUCCCUCAGAAGAACUUAUUUUUCAGGCACUGGUUGUAUGGUUGAAGUAUGACCUUGAGAAUCGCUCCAAGGACAUGGCACGUCUGUUGGGUUUGGUUAAAUUGCCUUUGCUUUCACCACAGUUUUUGGCUGACCAUAUUGAGACCAAUAUGUUGUUUAAAGAAAACAGAGAGUGCCAGGAGCUGAUUGUAGAGGCACUCAAAUACCAUCUCCUUCCUGAGCGAAGAUCAACUCUUCAGUCUCCACGUACCAAACCCAGGAAAUCCACCGUUGGGGCCCUGUAUGUUGUUGGAGGCACAGACUCCAAUAAGGGUGGGUGGAGAGCAAGUUCUACUGGAAUAGAAAAGUAUAAUCUGCGAACAAAUACAUGGACCACUGUAGGAACUAUGACAGGUCGACGUCUGCAGUUUGGUGUUGCAGUUUUAGAUGGGAAACUCCAUGUUGUUGGUGGACGAGAUGGCCUGAAAACCUUAAACACAGUGGAAGUGUAUGACCCAAAAACGAAGACAUGGUCUCCUUUACCAUCAAUGUCAACACACAGACAUGGACUUGGAGUUGGAGUACUUGAAGGUCCUUUAUAUGCUGUUGGAGGCCAUGAUGGAUGGAGUUACCUCAAUACUGUGGAAAGAUGGGAUCCACAAGCUCGCCAGUGGAGUUACGUAGCACCUAUGUCAACAGCACGAUCAACUGUUGGUGUUGCUGUUCUAAAUGGAAGGCUCUAUGCAGUAGGUGGUAGAGAUGGAUCUGCAUGUCUUCGAACUGUAGAGUGUUAUGAUCCUCAUACUAAUAAAUGGACGUCUUGCGCUCCUAUGGCACGUCGACGAGGAGGUGUGGGAGUUGGUGUUGUGAAUGGAUUCCUUUAUGCAGUGGGCGGGCAUGAUGCACCAGCAUCGAACCCAUGUGCUUCCACAUUUGACUGUGUUGAAAGAUAUGAUCCUGCAACAGAUACGUGGACGCAAGUUGCAUGUUUGAAUGUUGGCUGUGAUAGUGCAGGAGUGAGCCUUCUUGGUGAUCGUCUGUUUUGUGUUGGUGGCUAUGAUGGACAAUCUUAUCUCAAUCUCGUCCAGGCUUAUGAUCCACAAACUAAUGAAUGGAUGCAGAUGGCUCCAUUACCAAGUGGUCGUGCUAGUGCAUGUGUAGUAGUGGUAAAAAAUGAGCACUGACCCUUGUUUACCCUUUUAUAUAGGGAAACACGGUAAGUGCUUAUUGGAAGUGGUAUUGUCUUUGGGUCCAAUAUUAUCCAGAAUCCUUGAAUAGGCGGUAAGUAGCUUUAUGCAUUCCAACUAUGGAUAAGACUCUCUACCUUGGCUAAAGUGAUGAUUUUAAUGGAGCCAUGAACAUAGAGGGAUGUUUGUUGCAAUGGUGCUGACCCAAUUGAAUAAGACUGGAUCUCACACGUAAAUGAAAUGUAAGUACUGUUUUUUCAAAAAUGAGGUUUUGAUACGUCCAUGUGCAAACCUCAUACAUAUGCUACGAUGUUUUAAUCAGUAAUAAUUACAUGGUUGGUAGAUCUCUCUGUAAAUUUCUCUCUUCAGUGAAUGGGUCUUUUUGCACUGGUUUGUUUCCCAAAUAUGAAUGUACAAAAGUAUUUUUAUAUGAACUGAAGUGCUAAAAUCUUUAUAACAGUUACAAGAAUAAGGGAUGAAAUAGGUUGUAUGUAUAGAUAUUGUUGCAAGGUAUCUUUAGGAAGAUUUAAGCUAUGGGGAAAAAUUAUGCAUUAUUGUGAGUACGACCUGAUCUAGUACUGCAUCCAAAGAAAUAUUGAUGCAUGUAUAUUUUACUUUGAUUUGUUUUAUAAGAUUUAGCUCAAACCAAAAUAAGAAUAAGAUCACUUCAUGCUUUUACAUGAACUUGUAAAUUGUCUGGUCAUAGGUAUUACAGUACUCAUAGCAGUCCAUUCCCCAUGCAACACUUAAAAGUGGUUACCUGCAAGGCAGAUUAUUUUAGUUCCUAAAUAGAUCUUGAAGGGAAAUGUAAAUACUACUCUUAUUUUAGUUUCUUUGGAAAUAAAUUUUGAUGAAAGACAUUACAGUAUUAUUGUAUAAUUCUUUUUAAUGAGAUUUAUAUUUGAUUUCCCUGUCAAGACUUUUUAAAAUUAUGUGCUUUAUUUUGUGGUCUACAUCCCUAAAUGUAGUUUACAGCCACCAUUUUGAUAUUUUGAAAGCUGUUGGAUAGAAGUCAUGUGUUCAGCUAUCAUGGAAUUUCAAAAAUUGUAUCUAGAUUCUGAUAAUAUUCAAAUGGAUGAUACAAACGAUUUUAACUUUUUAAGGAACCCCAUUAAAAAAACAUUGCAUGGUUAUAUAGCCUUAUCUUUCCUGUUUUAUUAAAAAAAAAACAGAUCAAUAGUUACAUUGCACUCAACCUCAAUACUCCUAGCCCCUUGCUGUGUGAACAACUGCUUAAAGCUAAUUGAAUGAAUUUUAGUUUUUUGUUUUUCAAAAUUGGGUAGGUGUGUUUUUCACUUGUCAUUCUCCAUUUAUUACACCAUUGAAGUUUAACUUGUAGAUAACUUAUUAUCAACUUGAGUGAUUUUGACUGCUUUUAGAACAAGUAGUAAAGCGAAAGUGUAUGGCUUGCCACAUCACAUACAGAUUUUGAAUUUAAUGGGCUUGGACAAGAAUAAGGUCUUAUGCCGAAUUAGCUUUUCCCCUCCAUCAGUUUUGUGCGUGACCAUUACAGACUAAUGAUCCUUAAGCUGAGGACCAAAUAUUCCUCCAGGAGGUUCUUCCCAGUGCACGUACAAGGUAUGUGAGAUAUAGCAAUAGUGUUCCCAAGGUAGGGUACAUUUGCUUAUUCUUUGUAAUGUUGAAGUGUCCUUCCUAAAAUAAAAAACAGGCAGUGCCAAUGACCAUGAAUUAAAGAUGAAGUUUUAAGACAGCACACUGGAAUAGUGGAGACUGGCCCGUAAAUGUUACAGUCACCUUAUGUACUACCCUUAGGAAAUGAAGCAUCAGUGAUUGCAUAAUUUUCACUUACCUAGAAAAGUGCUACUAAGGAAACAAUUUUAAUAUUAAAGGACCCCCAGAUUUUUUAAUGAUGAGGCCCUGUUAGUAUUUUUUUCUCCCAACUGUUAAGAUUAUUCAGGAUCUUUUUAAUUACCUUAGAAUAAAAAACUAAAGUAAAAUCUGCCUCUGUAGGACAGAUAAAAGGGAGAAGACUCCCAAAUGAAAACUGAAGCCUCAAAGGCUCCACCAAUAUCAAGGAGCUCUGCUUAGCUUCAUAUUGAGUGACAAAUCUCCUAAAGAGUGUAGUUCUUAGUGAUUGCUUAAUAUCUACAACCCAUUAUUUUUGAAGUAUCAGUAUAUAACAAAAUUAUGUACCUAAUAAGACUAAACAAAAGCAAAUUAAGACCACUGUAAAAGUGUGGCAUUAUUUAAAAAGCAGUGUCACAGUGAAGUAAUCUGAUGUGUUGCUCUAAUUAGUCAGUCCUUGGAGAUGUGAAGAAAAGUCAACAUGACAAAAUAUUUAAGAUUUGUCAAUGCAGUAAAACUUUUAACAAUAAAAUCAGUUAUCUGUGAUUACCAAAACAUAGGACACCACAAAUGAAUGUAGCACACCACAAAUGAAUGAAGUUUGGAAACUAAAUACCUUCAAAACAAUCUCUCAAUAUUUUAAAUUUAUCCAAUUAUGUAUUAACUAAAAGAUAUAUUUUUUAAAAUAAAUCUCAGGAUACCCUUGGUUCCAUAACAUUGUUGAAAAUGCAGAACAAGUUUUAUUAAAAAAAUUUUAUGACUCCCCAGAGUUUAACACAGCACAAAACAGUAUCUAACACACUUUAACCAUCUAAAUUCCAGCUUGGUGGUCUGGGUUAAUUAUAUUUCACAAAAAAUGUUUUGAUGCCUUACAAUUUUUUUUUUAUAAAUGUGGGGUUACUUCAUCUCCUCAGUAUUUCAUUUAGUUAAAAUGGUGGUCUUCAGUGGGCAUUCACGUACAAUGUAUUAAUAUCUGAAUCUUAUUUGUAUUACUUAUCAUACCACAUUCACAGUCAUUUUCAUCAAAAGUAAAAGCAUGUUCUCAUCUCGUUGAUGUUUUGACAGUGGAGAAAUUUGUUUACGUAUAGUACAGGUAAGCAUCUUCAAGUUUCAUCAUAAUUUUAUGCAAAACUAAAAAUCUCUGACCUAUUUUGUCUCAAUUAUUUUAAUACAAAACAUUCAUAAUUUAUAUUUAUACAAAAAUGGUAUAUUUAAUAUUACUCAGUAGUGUACAUUUUGACCUACAUAAAAGUUGGGUAUGUUUCAUUCAUAGAAGAAAUUUACCAUUCCAGAAUACUCAAAAAUAGCUUUUGUCAGCAGAAUUAGAGGUACAUAAAUGUUUAGAACGAAAAAAAAAUUAAUAGGUCAAUGAUAAUUAAAUAUCUUUGUUGAUUUUGUAUUUCAUAUUCAUCUUAAAAAUAUUAGUCAGAAGAACCCUUCAUCGUUUUACAUUUGUAUUAUUUUCCUAAUUGUUAAGUAGUGAAGCUAGAUCUGUCAUUUGUUAAUCUGUCUAUAACCAGUCAAUUGCAAAUUACCAUUGUAAUUGUAAGUGACAAAACAGAUAAUUUACUGCAUAAAGUAGACAGCUUUAAUUAAGCAAUAAUGACUGAAUGAGAGCUUGAUUCCACUUGUAAGCAAUAUAUGUGUAACAAACAAAAAAGUAUUAUAACACCUCCCAUAUCCAGUCUAAAGCUGGUUUAGAUAAUGAAAUGCCUUUUUAAUCAUUAUUUUGAUGUAAUAUUUAACUGAAAUAAUUGUUUAUAAAAACACUUUAUUAUCAAAAGGUUCAGGAGUGCAUUCAAGAUUUAUUUUAUGAGUUUUCCAGGCAUUCAGGAUGUUGAUCAGGACAUGCCAUUUGUAUGACAGGAAAUAAUUUUUGGCUAACUGAAUUAAACUGAACCCAUUUAAGAAUUUCCCCAACACAAUUCUUGAAGACAAUGGUGUAUUUCAUAAAAAGUUUUGUGUUGAAGUGAUAUUAGUAUGUAGUUAUUGGAAGUGUUUAGUAAUGAAUGACCAAGGGAAUACCCUCUGUGACAUUUUCUAAAUCUUGGAACCUAUGAUCAAAAUACCAGAAUGAAUUAAACUUCAUAAAGGUACUAGAUCAUCCCCUUUGUACGGUAUUGAUGUAAACUAUGUGAUAUUGAACCCUCCUCUAUUUUCAUAUAUGAAAUAACAUUGUAUAUAUAAUACAGUAGGUGGUAAGCUGCUAGAUCUCUUAUAUAAUAUGGUAUAAUCUUUAAGAUUUGGGGGUUAGGAGGAAUACAAUACGUGCUGGUGCAUUAAAGUGUAAGUAGUAUAUGUGUUAUGUAAUGCAAGACAAGCUAAAUGUAUAUCUUUGUCACAUAAAACAAAGAUGUCAUGAUUCAGAGAGUACAUUUAUUCAUGUAAUGCUUAAUUGGUGUUGUAACAAAUUUACAUUAUGAUUAAUGCUGUUGAAUUUUCAUUUGUUGAAAUGAAGAGCCUUUUGUCAAAGUAGGAGUUUUUUUUUUAUAUAUUGAAGGUUACUUCUUAUAAAAAAAAUAUCAGUUGUCAGUAGGUGCAGUUGUCUAGAUUUAGAAUGAAUGACUUGAAGUAACUGAUUUUGUGCAAGUAAUUAUUAAGCUUAGGGUAUUAACAAAUUGCAUACCACUGCCAAUAACUGUCACCAUUAAUUAGCAAGGUAAAAGUACCGUCUUUCUUUAGUAGCUGUUGGUAGAUUUAAGAGCAGGUUUGAAUUAACAGGCAACAUUUGCUUCAUAUUGCAAUGCUUCUCAGAUAUUAAAAGUAAGUGAAGUCUUAGAUAUCUGUUUCUGAAGAAUGUUAUAGUAGUUCAGAAAAGAAAAUCACAUUUGCUAUGAAAAUUAUGUUUUUUAAAUAUUAUACUAUGUAUUUGCAGUUACAUAGUUUCAAAAUAAAUACCAAUCAGCAUUUUGUUGUGCAAUCAUUAUAGUGUCUGAGGUACAUAUGGUUAUAAAUUUACUGAUGCAACACAUUUUGGCUUUUGAUACUGUGAAUAGAAAAGAUUACCAGUUAGUGUGCUUUUAUCGAAAACACUCAAGUACUACUUUGCAUACAUGAGUAUCCUGUAUUCAGAUUUCUCAUAAUGGUACUUCUUGCUUAAGAAUUUGUGGUGAAUGUAAUUAGAAAUUAUUUGUAAAACUGCACCUUCAAAACAUUUAAAUCCAACUUAAAUGUUUUAUCCAUCAUAGUAGAAUUUAAGGCCACGACCUUCAGAUGCGUGUAAAAUGUACAUUCCUCUUAUGCUUAAUGUCUAGAAAGAUGGUUUAGCUGAUAGCUAAUGUCGAUGAAAGUAUUCUAGACCUGAUGUAUGGGGAAAGCAGAGGGUAUCUGUUUUACUGUAGGGAGUAUUAAUAAUACAAGACACUUUUGAUUUGGGAUAGUUAGAGUUAUCAACAAAUGCAAGGAAGCAAGCCUCAGUAUUUUAGUUAGUAGUACUUUUAUGAUUCCAGUACUAUAUGUUACUGAUCUUAAGUGAUUUAAAACUGGUACAGUAGUACUAAAAUCAUGGAAGAGGCAGUGAUAAUAUUCAGCAAUAGUAUGGAAGAGAGAUAACUAAAUCUUUCCCAAUUGCACAGGUUGAGUGAACUAUCUGUUUUGUGCUAUCUUAGAUCAUUACGUACUACAGCUUUUUCAUUUGCACAGUUUGAGUGAACUACCUGUGUUUUAUGCCAUCUUAGACUAUUAUGAACUACAUGGUAAACCUAGUAGUACAAAAUCUAACAGAAUGUAAGAGGACACAAUCGCAGAGAUGUACUCAAUAGCUAGAAUACACGUACAGUAUUCUAAGCCUAGUUUCAAAGUAAUAGUAGUCUGCAAAAUUUUGUACUCUGAAGAAAGAAUCAUGGAUGUAGAAGUAUUAUCAUCAAUAGUAUGCAAUUAAGAAAUUCUAUAAAGUGCCAUUGGUAUAUUUUUUCCAGAUGAUUAAUUAUAAUUACUAUGACCUACCCUACCAAGAGCAAAAGUGUAGCAAGUAUGACAGUUUGAUAGGCAAUUGUAUCUAGAGAAAGUCCAUUUCCUCUACACGGGAAGUUAUUAUAGAUGUUAAUAUUGUCACUACUAGCCAUAAGCCAGGAAUCAUUUACUUUGUAUGAUCAUGGUAAAGCCCUGUGGAUGGAAGCAUAGAUACGAGCAGCAACACAACCAAGACAUAAAUUGUAUAUUUAAGCAAUUAUAAGAUAAGAAUGUAGAAUAAAACAGGCUUGCCUACUCGUUCAGUAGGAACUGCAUAUAAAAAAUUUUAAUACCAACAGGAUUAGACUAUUCAGAUUCAAAUACCUGUUUGGCAAGAACUUUCCAGAUCCAACAAACUGUCAAACAGCAAUAGUAUCCAGUUUUAAAAUUCUUUGUCAGGAACCACAUCCAGAUUCAGAUGCCUGCUGGACAGAAACCUAUACACUAGUAUUCUUCCACAGGUUUUGAAUUUUAAUUUUGAAUCCUUUCAAAUCUCAUUAGUAUACUUUGUAAAGAAUAAUUCAAGCUCAUAAAUGGAUCAGAAUUUUUGAAAUUGUUGCUGCUUAAAGCAGUUACUUUAUGGACUGGAAUUAAUACAUAUAGGAAGUGAGCUGGUCUACAUUUACCUCAUAGCUUAAUAAUUAGGUACCUAAAUCCUCCCAAGGAAAUACUUGGAGAGUGACAGUUCAGAUGAGCAGACAACAGGAUAGGAGAUUACGUAGGCAAGAAAGACAACCAGGUAUGAUGGAUACCAUAAAUAACUACAGGAUCUCAAUCAGGAUAGGAGACUCAUGUUUUUAUUUAGGCAGAGAAGAAAGAAUAUAUUCCACUAAAAAUUUUCAGCCUUCUGAUUAAUGUACUACUUUGCAAAAGUUGCUUCGAUUUCCAUGUAUGAAGGGUAGGAAUAAGCCCUUCCCUCCCCUCACAACAACAGAAUUAUUAUGCUAUAGGUUCCAUUUGUCUCUUGAAGCAACAGGCUGUUCUUCUCUGGGUGUUAAGCAUGAGGAAGCUAAGUUAAUACCAUAAAAAAAUAUUCAAAAUUUUGCAUGUCUGAAGUCUGUUACAUGCAUUACGCAUUACUCCAUUUUAGGGUAAAAGUCAGUUCUGAAUGCAGCAUACUUGAUAGUGCAUCACAGAUUCUCAUGCCUGUAUAACAAGAGUCCAUAAGAUGUAACGAGUACUGUAUAUAUGCAAUGCUUGUUAUUUUUGGAUUUUAGUGUUAUUUAGUAACCUGUAUUUGUCAUUUUGAGAUGUGUGGUGUUCUUGCUGUUAGAGAUAAGCUAUUUUACCACUCCAUCAGAAAUUCUGUUAGUUUAUUUGUUUUGUGUACUUUUUGAAGACCAGGAUGACAAUCAGAGGGGAUCCUGUACUUCUUAUGGCAUUUAAUGUCCCCUGUUUGUAGUGACCGAUAAGAUGGAUAUAUUAAACCAUGUACAAUCACUCAACAGUAAAUCUGACUGUACACAUACAGUAUCAGUUUAUAUAAGGUACAGUAUCCAUUUAUGUAAAUGGAGUUCAGGCAUACUCAUAUGAUAUAUACACAGAGUAUCUAGCAUCCAUGAUUUGAUUUUACCACAGUUUGAAUGCUUAAUUAUCAUUCUCCUAAUAACAGAAAGAGGUCUUCAUUCUUUCAUUUCAUGCUGUCCAUUUCUUCACUUAAUAAUUGUAUUGACAAUCUUUUCUCAAGGAACUUUUUGCUCCAGAGUACUGUAUUUAAAGUUCCUUUUGGGAUUUUUACAGUUUUGGUGCAAGGAGGAAAGCUGUGAUUAUAUAUCUCUUUGGAUCCUUUUAGUGCAUAGAAUCUGAAGUUAAUUUUUUUUCAUAGGACUAAAGAUACAUUUGAUUUAAGAUUCUAUUACAGUAUUUCCACAUACUGUAUAUUAGCUGUGUAGUCUUAGGUGUAUUGUGUGUGGCUGUAGCACACACUGAUAAUUGAUGCAUGCAAUGGAUUCUGUAAGUUACUGAUUUGCUGUUACUGUACUGUGCAACUUAUAUUUAAAAUAGAUUGCAGUGGCAGAGAAGUUAUGGUGCUUCUGUGCAAAAAUGUCCCAAGGAGGUAUUUUUAAAAUCAAAGACAAGUGAUAAUUUCAUCAGCAACAAAUUAUGUACAAACACUGUGAUGACAAAGCUGAAAAUUAAAGUGGAAAUGUUAUAAAAUGAUGACAAUGAUGACAAAACAAAAUUAAAGAGGAAAGGUUGGUAUAGAAUGGGCAAAGAAUUUUAAACUUUAGUUUGCCAACAAAUUAUAUAUUAUUAUAGAAAUCUAACCAAAUUAAUAUAGUAACUCCAAAGGGGCAUUAUUCUCAAGUUGAUAGUUACAUACUGAUUAGAACAUAGUCAAAACCUUAUACAGUUGCUUUGCAUAGGUAAAGACUGCUUGUACUGUUGUGCAUGAUUAUUGGAGCACUUCCUAACUAUGGAACACAUUUGUCAAGAGCAUCAUAAGAUCAAUUGAAAAAAAAAGUUACAACAGCGUAUUUGAAAAGUUGUAAAGGGUAGUGAGUUACUGGAAUAAUUUCUCCUAAAAUUGAAGAAAGUUUUGCACAGGAAAGUAUUUAUUUUUCCAUUUUUGGUAAGGAUUAAUUCUAAAAAGAAUCCUCUUAUGUAUAAGGUACAGGAAAUUUUAUUCAGUUGCAAAAUAAAUGCUUAGCUUCCAAGUUGAGUAAACAUUUUUGGUUAUAAAUUUGUAGUGUUAAAGUAUCCUAGACAAAAUGUUCAGGCUUAAGUUCACUGUCGGCCAAAUUUGCAGUUCAUCACGAUGCUCUAUUUGUAAGCCAUAUUUAACUUUUCAUGGAAUCAGAAUAUUGUUAUAGUUAUCAUCAUUUUAUUGAAAAAUAGUAAUACAGAUUACAAAAAUAGUAUAUAGGCUGAAGUCGUGAAAUACACAACUCGGUGUUGAUUCUGGUAUUGUAGUUUUAAAUGAGUGCCAUUAUAUUAAAAACAAAAUUGGCCAAUAAUACAGUUUAUGAUUACCGGCCAUGGGGUUCUAGGAUAUAAUGGUUACAAUUAUUUUCCUUCUAUAUCCCUUUUCACAUAAAAAUAAAAUGUACUUCUGAUUAUGAGUAUAAGAGGAAUGCACAAAUUAAAGAAAUUUUAAGAAAUUGUAAUCUAAGUGUGAGCAUUAUUGUUUAAUUAAAUAUAGAUAAUGGAUGUUGGGUAUAAAUAGUUAGCUAUCUUUAACAAAUGAGUUAAAACUUGUAAUCAGCUUGGAGAAUAGGGUAAACACUUUCUACAGUUUCAAACACUUGCUUGUUAUCAGCACAGACAUGGCUGUCUCUUUCCUUUUCUCUUUUACAAGAGAUAUUUCUAUUCUGUACUAUAAAACAUUUGCAAGUAUCACAGUGAUAUUUGUUCAAUAGUGGCAGCUAUGCAAUGCAAAAAUAUGUAGCAUUCAGGUUUAUGAUUUUAAUAAAAAUAUCAUUGCUAUAUCAUAGCAGCUUCAUUAGAGUAGUAAUUAUGCUUUACUGAUUUAUUAGCUUUUUUAUUAAUGUUGCAGUACUAUUAUUUGAUAUUUAUAGAAGCUUCACUGAUUUGCAAUCCUUCACCAGUUGCAUUUAUGUAAUCAACCCAAAGAAAGCCACAUUUUUGCAUUUAAAUUUUUAUAUAUGUAUAGUGCUAUAAUACAAAAAUCCUUAAAAAUACUUAUUGAUAAUAGUUGAACCAAUCUCAACAAGGAUACAGUAGCAGCUUCAUUACCAAAUUUUGCAGCUAAAAUAAAUAAGAUUUUAAUCCUAAAACCUUACCGUGAUAAGUGCAUUUGCAUGGAUUAAAAUAGUCUCUUGUUCUAUCUGCAUUAAAAAUAUUGCUCUUAAAACAAUUCUCCAAUACCUUUAAGACUUUGAGUUUUUCAUAUUACUAUUAUGGUGUACUAUGAAAAAUAAAGGGAAUGUUUAUGGAAAUGAUCUUAACGAAGCAGAAGGUUCUUGAUUUGCUGUCAGUCGGUAGCUGUGCUAAUGUGGCCUAACCUUUCACAAUAGCUGUUAGAGCCUUGAAGAUCAAUUAAGUCUGGCUUUAGAUAUGAGUCAUGCUUUUGCAAUUAUGAUGGCUGAUAUUACUUGACCAAUAUUGUGAUGACCAAACUUUAAUUACUAGCACUAAGUCUUUGGAAAUAUGUAACAACAAUAAAACCUGAGUAGUCUUUCUUUUAGAUUUAAGGUAUUUAGAUUUAAGUAAAUGCUUCUGUUUUCCAAAGUAGUAGUUAAGACACUUCAAGGAAUGAUUGUAAUUUUGGUAAAGGUUUAAGUAGUUCUCAGGUUUUGGUUAAAUGAACCUUUCUGACAUUUCUUACUUUUAUGAAAACCAUCCAAAUCCUUUACCCUGGGUAGCACCUUGGAAAUGUGAAAUCCUUUCCUUUGAUAUUGGAGGUAAUGGUUGUAAUUUUUUCCACUUUCACUCGCUCACAAAUCGGAAAAGAAUGUAGCAAACAGUCUACCUACCCUGGAUGAAUAUGAUGUGGCAUAUUUGUAUGUUUCCAUACAUAAUAAAAACUUUUAAUUCUUUAAUUUAGUACAUGGCUUGCUCAUGGAGGUAAAAUAAAUUCCUAAAUUAGGAAAUAUCUUGUCAACCUAAUAGAAUUAUUCACAUACAUUUCUCAGAGCAGUGAGCUAGAAUAUUAUAGUGGAUAACUCAAGAGUUAUUGUUGCGUUUCAGUUGUGGGUCAUCGCUGGGAAACAAAAGUAGGAAUUUAAGUGAUUUUGUCAGUUUAUCAGGGUCACUUUCACUAUACCACUUUUCUUCUCCAAAGCAUUUUAUUACAUUUCUUGAAUUAGGGAACAUGACCACCUUUCCUUGUUGAGUUUUUAAUUAUUGAGGCUUAAUCUUUACUUUUCAUACAUUACCAAUAAAGUUUUGUUAUAAAUUUUAGUUCAUUAAUAAUAUGCAAUCAAAUUUGAUAGUUGACAGAAAAUUGUUCUUUUAACUCAAAUUAUGGAUAAUAAUUUGUUUAUAAUUAUUUUUUUUUAAAGAAAACACUGAUGAUUUUCUGCUGUCAGCAACAAUAAUUUUUGAUGAAAAAGUUUUUAAUAUUCAAUUCACAUUAAAAUGAUUUGCAUUAUGUUUUCCUCAAAAGCACUUCUUGUAGUGUGGCAUACAUACUAGUCAAUUACUUUUUUUUAUUCUAAACUGCCUAUAUGGAAAGGAGGUACUGAACUGCUAAAAAUUUUGUAAAUGUCCUUUUAGGGUUCAUAUAUAACAUGUAAGUUAUACUAUUUUGAAAUUUAUCUAAAUAAUGAUGAACUGCUAAAUUUGAUGUAAUUGAUUACUAUCAGUUUUUAAGGAAAUGUUACAAAAAUAAAUUGCUAUGGAUAUGGAGUAGUUACAUGUAUUUUAUCCAGGGGUUGAGAUUUUCCCAUUGCAGUGAGAGUUCGUCAACAUAUAACAAGACUUGUUUUAUUUCAAAGAGUAAUCUAAACUGUAGGCAACCAAUUGCUGCAUUCUAAAUAGUAUCGUAGCAGUUGAUAUUAGAAUAAACAAGGAGCAAAAGUUUAGCUUCCAAAGCACAAUAUGUACAGUAGCAAAAAAUUAUGCAGUUCUAUAUUAUGCAAAUAAUGUUUAAAGCCAGAUUUGUAAAGUAUUUAGUGAAAAACUUAUUUUUAGGAUAAUAGAUUGUUUUCUUUUAAAAAAUUAAGUUCCAUAACAAUUAUCACUGCUGUCUUGUGAGCUAAAUGAUUUUUUUUUUAGCAAGGGUUAAUUUGAUUUGUUACUUGUGCCCCAUAAAUUAGACUGAUCUCUACUACUGUAUUUAUUGUCAGUAAAUUUUGUUCCUUCAAUAGGAAGCUUUAGCAUAGGCAUAUGUUUCUUUUUAAGUGUGUAUGAAACUGCACUGUACUUCCUAUGCAUGACUGCUUUCUUUGAACUUUGUAUGAUUUAACAUUCCCUCUUUUGUAGUUUUUUACCGUUUGUCAGGUAUAUGGAAAAUCAUGGAUCUACCGUAAUAUUAGAAUUUUUUUAUAUACAGUGUAUGAGUACUGUAAUGUACAGUAGUUAACUCUGGUGAAAAUGGUACAGUGGUUAAAGUUCAGCAUGUGAGUUAGGCCACCUUGUUAAAUGAAUAUGCUCUAAUUGAUGAUAAGGUUCUGAGCUAAAAAAAAAAAAAAGCCUGUCAUUAAUGUACAGUAUUCCUUAUCAUUUCAACAUUAUAUUUCAAAAUCCAGAGUAAAUAAUUUUGUUUUAAUAUGAAGUAGUAUUUUCAUUCGGCUGCUUUUUAUUUGUUUUUGGAAAAUGUAAAAUAUUGUAACUGACAUUCGUAAAUAUACUGGUAAAAAUGGACUUCUAUGUUAGUAGUCUGAGGUGAUACCUUGUGCUAAUUUCUUAUCAUGAAAAUUCUUGGUAUGAGAAUGAAUACUGCAUAAUUCUGGCAAGAAUACUACAAUAUUUGUACAACCUUCACCAAGUGCAUUCCCAGCUCUCAGGCCUAGCAAUAAACUUUAUGUACUGUA